AUGCAUGCUGCUUGGAACAAAUGGAGAAGUCCACUGUCUACUGCGACUACAGAGCCGAGCCCUACGGCAUCACCUUCGUCUGGUAAAACUCGUAUCUUCAAGGUGUUCUCCGACGGGCAUGAGCUCGCGGUGCACCUCGCAGCGCGCGACGACCUCAUCCCCGUCCCGCCGCCCACCCGCGUCACGUAUUCGUUUUCCGGGCACCAAGAGUGCAAAGCUUUUGCGCUGAUUGUUGUCAGAGGGCCACCGUAUGGCGAGACUCACGCCGACGGUCGAGGUACUUAUCUCGCGAUGGCGCUGGCGGCGGACAUGGAGCGACGUCUAUGA